AUGGUGCGCCAACCUAAGAAGCUGACGGACUGCCCGGAAAACCUCCGGGAGUCCAUAGACUGGCUGAUACAGGUUAGAUACGGUGGUGAUGGUCAGGGUCAGGGUCUUGGAAAUUUGGCUCAUGCGUUGAAAAAGUUGAUUGGAGAGGCUAUUACGAAGGCAGCUGAUAGUCUUACGGAAAGACAAAAGCAACUUGAAUGUCCUAAAAAACACUACAAAAAUGAUUCCGGUCCUGAUAACUCUCUCUCCUAUUGUGAUCACUUGAAUGACCAAAUUAAGAAGCUUCAGUCUGAAAAUCAUAAAGAUGAAAACCAAAUUAAGAAGCUUCAAACCCAGUAUUAUGACCAUUAUGCUGAAGUACAUUCCUCUGACACUAAAAGAGAUACAGCUAAGAAGGAUCUUGAUGAGAAGCGUAUCUCUCUUGGUAAGCUUGAAGAAAAUCUUAAAAUAUUUACCGAGAAUGAUAAAACAGAGGAAUGCAAAAAUCUUCUAACAAAUCUCACAGACGGUCUAGAAAAGUUUUUAGGUUUCAACAAAGAUUCAAAAGGCUACUCGGGCUCUGGCAUCGUCUACUCUGACCUUGACAGGCUGUGCGACGGGGUGAUGGCGUUCCUGCACGGGGUGUUGGAGGCAGUGAAAGAGGAUGAGAGUGUUAAAAAGUAUGAUGGCUAUAUUACCCCACAGGAUAGGCUUAACAGUGUUCUUGACUUAAUUACUAAACAAAUUGGCAAUGGGGCUAGUGGGAUUUCUACGUCUGUUGACAGUGCGAAAGGGUGGUUGGACGGGUAUGGAAAUAAAUUAAAUGAAAAAGUUGACGAUGUUUCCGGUUUGCUUGACAAUCUUCAGAGGAGUAUUGGUGAUGCUGAACGUACGCUUGAUGGUAAUAAAGAUAAAAAUCUUGCCACUCAAAUUAGUGCGUUGAAAUCAGCCACCGGGUGGUUCCCGGAGAAGGUUCGCAACGUGGAGAAUUUUAUGGGUAGGCUUGAUGAAAUUUUACAAGAAAAGUUAACGCCCUCGUUUAAUUUAAUUGAUCAAGCUGUUAAGGCCUACGAUAUGGCAGCGAAAAAUUAUGAUAUGAAAGUUAUUGUCGCAACCGCAUGGAGUGAGCUAAGGAGUCUAGAAGAUAAAGUGAAGCAGAACGUUGAUACCCGUGUUAAGAAACUUAACGUUGAGUUACAAACGGCAUUUCAAAGAGAUAUAAAAAAUCCUAUUGAGAGGUUACAAAACGCUAUAGACGGUGUUAAUAACGAUUUGCAGAGGUGGAUUAAUGAGGCAGAAGAAGUUCUGAAAGAAGCGUUGACUAAAACGGAAAACAUUUUGCAGAUGGUUCAGGAUAGCCAUAAAAAUAAUGAAACCAACGACAAGAAGACAAAAAUCACGGAGUACGCAGAAACAUUAAGAGAUAAAGCCAUUGAACUGCGGGCUGCGGCAGUUGCGGCCAGAGAUGCCGUUCAGCAUCAGGUAACUCAGGCGCUUACUCAGGUUGUUCAGUUGGACUUGGCGGUUAGGACGGAUUUGAAUGAUCUGAAAGGACAGUUACUGGCUGAAAUUGGGACGUAUGUUAGGGAGAAGUUACUCCGUACAAUUAAAGGGCAAGUAGGGAGUAUUAAGGGAAACUCAGGAGGGAAGAAGGGUAUCGAAGGAAUUAAAACGAAAGUAAAGGAUUAUGCUAAGACUUUAUCGGCAAAACAGGAAUUUGGUAUCUCGGUGGAGACUUGGAUACAGGAUAUUUUACAGAAUAAUGGUGUUGUUACAGAGGCCAUUGGGGAGUAUGUUAAAAUGAGCAGGAGAAGCAGCCGUGUGCAGUUUAAUGACCACGUGCACAACACCCAAAAUGAGUUAAAUUCUGACAACAUCAAGCAAAUAGCACAGCAAAUUAGGGGUCUACUCGAUGAAGGUUUAAUUAACGACAUUAGUUUCGAUCACGAUACAGAAGACAACGUCCAAGGCGACAUUGACACUGUACACUCCCGUAUUGAAAAUUUUGUUGUGUUGCUUGAUGCGAAACUGAAUGGCGGUAAGCAAUUGUCCGGUGAUACAAACAAGUUCGUUGCUCACAUAGCCAUGGAGAUGAAUAAAUUUGUGGCGGCAGAAGGCAGUGAGUUGGGUUCACAGAGCUAUCUUGAAUCAGCCGUAAAAACCAUCCUAGCCGCAUUGCGUGCCAAGGCCAAUCAGGCUGCACAGCAACUUGAAUCCUUCGCCGGUACAGAAAACACAGAAGGAAAUAUGGGUCACAACGUGGAUGAGGCCAUAAAAGUGGCUACCCCGCUUUUUGACACUCUUGAAAAAGCUCUGAGCAGAGACACUAUAUCUAGUCUUCCUCGAGACUCCCCCUACAAGGUUGAUGCUACGAUGACUGGCAUACUUAGGCAGGAAAUUGGUACGGGUAAUGGACAUGGCCAAGUCACACUUGCUGCUACGAAGUUUUCGCAUUACCUUCGUAGCGUUGAUACGUCGUCCAUCAAUACCGGCAAAACGGCUCUAAUCGGCGCUACAGAUAAAUCCGAGGGCCUUCUCCCAGAGAAGAUCGGCGAUAUCAAAAGGGAGGUAACAAAGAAACUCAGCGAUAAUGGGAUCAAGGAUAUAAUAGAUGAAAGGAACCGAACCUUCGAGAAGCCAUUUGCCGAAAUCCAAAACCAACUCCAACAGCUCACCGAACUGGUCGAUGGGGGAAGCGGCAAGGGCGGAAGCUCUUUUCUAAAAGAGAUUAAAAUUGACAAAAAAGGUGUGAAAACUCUGCUGGUUGAUUUGCAGAGCGGGCUUGGAAAUGAACAUGUCUGGGAUGCUUUUACGAAAGGCCUAUCACAGAUUCAGACACGACUUCACAAUAUAAUUGGCGACGCCGGCAGUGUGAGCACCGAUACUCUUCAAGGCAUCAUUGCAAAAGCCAACUCAUUCCACACUCAGAUCGAAACCGAUGCACAACUAUGUAUUGAAGAUAUUAAAAUCCAUGUCAAACAACAGGUUGGAUCCACCACCGCCAAUAUCCAAAAAAAAGCCCGAUCCCUCUACGCCACCCGCAAGAAAGAGGAACUUGAGGCUUUGAAAUUAAUCGUUGAAAAACAAAAAAGGACUAUUGAUUGUAUAAUCCUUGAAGAUAAAACUACGGGAGUUAAGGGCCUCGUGAGGGUCCUGAUCGGCAAUUCUAAAGUUCCAUAUUCUGAUGGUGAUGGUGUUCCUCCCAAUUUGCUUGAUCAACUUAAGAAUGCUUUAAAAGUAGAUGAUCUCACCAAGUUAUCAGAAUUGAGCACAAAAUGGAAAGAUUACGUGGACAAUAUUAUGGAAUAUUGCAGAUAUCAAGUUGAUGGUGAGGAUGAGGAGGAUGUUAAGUCCAUGACUCUUACCAAGCCGAAGACUACAGAGCAUGUUACCCCUCUCACCAAACAUAAAAACGAGUUUGACGCCUUACUCAACCACCUGCAAAAUAACACUACAAAAGUAUAUAACUUUGACAAAACAUUUGUUGACCUACAUGCCAGACUCAAAGCCUCCAUCUCCUCUCUAAUACCCACCCAAUUCGCAAACCCGCGGCACCCCGAGCUCCUCGACGCCCUCAAGUCUGGCAUGACCAAAUUCACCGCUGAACUUUCCCACGCGUACGUGAACGCUUAUAGCGGUGAAUCGGUAACGUGGGAGGAAACUAAAAAACCAGGUGACACAUCCUCCGAAACUGUUCUCUCCACCGAGGGCCUGAACUGCGCCAAGGUAUGCCUGACCAUAAUGGAGAGGGUGUAUUAUGAUUUGUAUACUUUGUGGGACAAAUGUAAAGUUAAAGGGGAAUGGAAAGAUAAAUAUAUUCGUUUGUAUGAUGUAGAUUCAAAAGGAAUAAAAAGUAGCAACCCUCUUGGAACAUUUUUUGCUAUCCGUGGUUACAAGGUUAACUCCGAGCAAGGCAAGCAGACUGGCGAGUUGCAGGACAAGGACUCUAUGAAGGGUGAAGAAAUUCAUACUAAGCUUCUUACCAAGGAAAAUAUAAACAUCUCCAACAUUCGUUUGCUUGUUGACUGGAAGAACAAUAAAAACAGUGUUCCUGCAACUGCAUCCAACGGUAAUAUCCAGAUUUCGCUCUAUGACCUUGCUCUCUUCCUUCGCGACGAUUUCCGAAAAUACUAUGAAGUAUGCCAACAUACGGUCAUCGAUUCUCCCAAGGCACCGUGUAAUAUCUAUCAGAUGUUCCAAUGGCUCUCUGGCCUUCGGUUUAAUCCGAUGUAUAGCAAGUUGCAAGGGCAUUUUAUGACAUUGUUCGAGAAGCCUAAGGGACAAGAAGCGAAACUGUAUAAAGAGUUCUCCGAUACGGAACUGAAACUUGUCGGUACGACAACAAUUACACCUAAGGAACUAAAAGAUAAACUCGAUCAGGUUUGUUUACGCUCGCAACUUGUACUAAUUGGUAUCCUCGGCCACGGCCAUCCCGACGGCCGUUACGCCUGUGAAUUCCGCACAAACUUCGACAAUUUGAAUUAUCCCUCUAGCCCUGGCGCGUGUUUCGACAUGCUUUUAGAUAUAUUGAAUAGAGUAUUCUAUCAAUCAUACUUCGUAUAUAGCCAGUGUCGCAACAGCUCUAGUAGUAGCGGUUGGGCCGAGUGUUAUUACGGUCGUGGUGUUGGCGGGUCCAACUGGAACUGCAACUCUAUGCAAUGCCCCAACCAAGACGCUGGUCAAACGGCUACCCAAAACAGUAACCAAAAGCACAACCAAACGUGUAGCCAAAACUGUAACCAAAGUGUUAAGUGCGGCCUCAAAUCACCACUCCAAUCAUACUUGGAAGAUGGCCUUCCAGGUUUCCUGCCGCAUACAUUUACUUCACCUGGUUGCAAAUUGACUUGCACUUUGUCCAGUCACCACGGUAUCCCAUGUCUCACUCCCAUGGGCUUCACCGAUAUCGGUGUUGCUGCUUCCCAUACUAAAAACGGUGCGCACCUUUUUGGAGCACUGAGAGAUUUCUGCAAUCCAGGGUCUCACCUGAAUCAGCUAUGUAGUUAUUUGCAAUGUCUGCUACGUCGACCACCUCAGACUCUUUGUGAUAUGCUAGCGUUCUACCAUAGAUACCUUCAGAAUUGGGGUAGUAAGGACACGGUGCAUAAGCGUGAUGCGUUUGCUGAUGCAGUCAAGAAAGCCAAUUUCGGACAGGCGUACACAGACUUAAACCCAACUUCCAUACAACAGAGCAAAACACAUUCCCCUGGGCAUUCCAAAGGAGACCUCUUCAGUCUCACAGAUUGUUAUCAUAAUACGAAUUCGGGCCUACCAUGUGGCAAAUAUUUGCAGCCCCUGUUCCUUGAUAUAUAUGAUAUUUAUUCGAAAGACCGCGCUGGUAAUUACCUUUCGUGGGUUGUGUACAGUACUGAGACAUUCUUAACGUUGCUCUAUGAUUUGUAUGAGUCUUGCAAAAAAUGCGAAAAGCCUGGCACCAGAUGUUAUGAAAAGAGCUGUUCUAAGGAGUGCAAAGUGAAAUAUACUGAUGAAAAGGAACAGCAUAGCACUCCAUCGAAUAAGGACAAGCAUACUACAGACUGCUAUUCCAUGGUAAAAUGCCUGGACACACAUCCGACACUGUACAAAUACGGAUUCACAUUUGGUAGUCCACAUAAACUAAGCGGACAAGAUAAGGAAGCGAAGCUGAAAAGAACGUGCAAAGAUUUCUGCCAGGCAUUGAAAAGAGUAAUAGACGAAUUUAUUUGGGAGAUAAGACAGAAAUUCUCCAUCACGUUACUCGCCCUCUGGUCGCUGUCGCUCCUCUACCUGCUGCACAUCGCCGUCGUCCGCCUCGACGUGCUGCGCAUCCGCUCCCACCUGCGCUUACCGGCAUCGCACCGCAUCGCCGCCCAGUCGCUGCUCGCAGCGGCGCGCGUCGGCAAACUAGGCAAGGUUAGAUACUUCUCGCCGUGA